UUUCCUUGUGUGUAUGUCUGUGGGGGAAAAAGAGCUGUGCAGAGCUCAAGGCUGAAUUGUGUUUCAGGAACUGUUUGCUAAUAAAGGAAGGCUUGAAAAUGGUGGGCAAAGCUCGGUCCUCCAAUUUCACAGUCUUUGAAAAGCUCGAUCUGCUCAGGCUGGUGAAGCCAUACAUAGGGGUUUUAGAGGAGCACACCAACAAACAUUCGGUGAUCAUUGAGAAAAACAACUGCUGGGAGAUCAUCGCAGAAAAGUACAACGCUUUGGGAGGAGGGCGUCCCCUGCGCACGGCGCAAGGCCUGCGCACACUUUACAAGCGGCUGAAGGAGUACGGCAAGCAGGAACUGCUCCAGUGCAAGACGACGCAAGCGGACUAUCAUAGCACGGUGUCCGAGGCCACCAAGAAACUUGUUGAAAUUAUUCCUCAGUUUGGCAGCGUGUGUUUCGGAAGAGACCUCAACGGAUUGUCAAGUGAAUCGUUACAUCUGGAGCCCGAACCAGCGAUUCAUUCUCUUCCAACGCCAUUACCAGAUCAGCAUGCCACGGUCACUGUGCAGUUGGAGUCGGAGGAGGAUGUAAAACCUCCACCCUCCGAGCUCAUACCUCAGCCGGAAGCAUCUCUAGAAGAUGCCGAGGAUCUGGAAUUUGAACAGUCCCUAGAUGGAUCAUUAUCCCCGUCUUUAUCCUCGGUGGACAUGAGAUUAUCUCUGUCUCCGCCUUUACCUCGGUCAGAAGAAUGCUUCAAUCCGACCAGGCAGCAUCUGAGAACAGACUGUGCCUGCAGCCCAGACAUUUUACACUUGCUGAAGAAAGAGCACCAGAUCGUUUUUAACAACCAAAAACAAUACGGAUUUUACAUCAAAGAAAAACGAGAAGCCUUAAAAAGGAGGCAACACCUGGAGGAAGAAUUGCUCAAAUCCAAAAUUAAAGUGGAGAAAUUAAAAGCAAUUAAACUGAAAAGAGACUUGCCCGAAUACAGCAUUUUGUGAAGUUUACUUUGUCUUGU